UAAGAGGUUAGUUACAAUAAUCCCCGUUUUAUCCUUUAUUAUUGGAAAACUACUAUUCUUCUCCUCUCUUGUUUUUCAUCCCGCUGUUCUAUUCUUUCCCAUACCAAUAGUAAUAAGAGCGGCAACACGGACGAACCAUGUUAAGGCUCCUCGCUUCUCGACGCCUUUCAUCUCUCUCCUCCUCCGCCGCACGCUCCAUCUCUCCGCCCUCAUCUCUCAAUCACUCUCUCCCUUCCCUCAUUCCCCCUCUCUUCUCUCGCGGUUUAAUUUCUGAUGCAAUCACUGGAAAGAAUGAGAAUCUGUCUAUUCCAAGUAUUCCACCAACCGUUUCAGCUGUGAAGAACCCGAACUCAAAGAUAGAAUAUGAUAUUUCCAACCAUGAGCGAUUUCCACCUGGCGAUCCUAGCAAAAGGGCAACUGCUUAUCUUGUCUUGACAGGUGGCAGGUUUGUAUAUGCUUCCCUGAUACGCCUCCUCGUCUUGAAGUUUAUUCUCAGCAUGUGUGCUUCCAAGGAUGUUCUUGCAUUGGCCUCACUCGAGGUCGAUCUAAGCAGCAUUCAACCUGGAACAACUGUGACUGUUAAAUGGAGAGGAAAGCCAGUCUUCAUCAGGCAUCGAACUCAGGAAGAUAUCCAGGCAGCAGCCAAAGUUGAUGUGAACAGUCUUCGUGACCCACAAGAAGAUGGUGUCAGGGUUAAGAAUCCAGAAUGGCUUGUUGUUAUUGGUGUCUGCACCCAUCUGGGUUGCAUCCCUUUACCAAAUGCAGGUGAUUUUGGGGGGUGGUUUUGUCCAUGCCAUGGUUCUCAUUAUGACAUCUCUGGCAGGAUACGCAAGGGUCCAGCACCAUACAAUCUUGAGGUACCCACAUACAGCUUCUUGUCGGAAAACACAAUGUUGAUCGGAUGAAAUGUUGGCGGUGGAUCCUUUUUAUUAUUUAAAGAUACCAAGUAUUUUAGAAUCUUCCAAUUUUUUUUGCUAUUGAAACUCAUGCGACAAUUGUAGCAGGAAGAAAUUUUUGUUUCCAUGGUUCUGAGCACAACUAAAACUGCUUAUGUAACUUGGGUGGCACCAGCUUAUGUUGCUGCAAAUGGUAUCUCUGAAUGCCUAAUAAGAUUUUUUGUUGUAAGUAUACUUUUAUUUCUAAGUUUAAACUGCUCUGAUCGAUAGAAUAAUUUCCUUGCA